UUGCUAUUUAAGGAAUUGACGGAUGUUGACACGCUAAAUGAAGGAGAAGGUGGUGCUGCAAAAUUGAUUGAUGCGCUGGUAGGUGGUCAGUUGAUUGAAACACUGGUACAGCAAAGCGUUGAACGUCUCGAUGAAACAGUGAAGGAUGAAGCGGAUGCCAUUCACAACGCGCUGUCGGUUGUUGAAAAUGUGCUUGACUUUCGUCCGGCCUUUGCUGAUAGCUGUGUUGAGCAGGGUCUCUUUUCGUGGCUUCUUCGUCGUGCAACACAGCGAGGGACUCUUGAUGCAAAUAAAAUGUACGCCAGUGAAUUACUUGCUUUGCUGCUGCAGUCUACAGAAUUGGCUAGAAAACGCCUAACUGAAAAAGUGGAUGGUUUCGAUUUGUUACUCCGUUCGCUUGCCACCUACAAGCGCCAUGAUCCGGCCAGUGCUGACGAGCGUGAACACAUGGAAAAUUUGUUUGAUGCUGUAUGCGCAGCACUUAUGUAUGCUCCAAAUAGGCAGAAAUUUCUGGAUGGAGAAGGUCUACAGCUCAUGAAUCUUAUGCUAAGGGAGCGAAAACAGUCGCGUGAAAGUGCACUGAAAGUGCUGGAUUACGCUACAAACGGUGUUGAGGGAAAGUCAAACUGUGCGAAAUUCAUCGAUAUCCUGGGUGAGUGUUUGAUUGAUAAUAUGCACUGUUUGAGAUGAUA